AUGACAGCCCCUGUCUGUCUGUCUGUCUCGUUCCAGCACUGUAACGGUGUGGACUGGCGUCAGAAACUGGACUCCCAGAGGGGCGCUGUGCUGGCCACUGAGCUGAAGAACAACAGCUACAAGCUGGCCCGCUGGACCUGCUGCGCCAUGCUGGCUGGAUCGGAGUACCUCAAACUGGGCUACGUGUCACGUUACCACGUGAAGGACUCUGCGCGCCACGUCAUCCUGGGCACCCAGCAGUUCAAACCCAACGAGUUUGCCAGCCAGAUCAACCUGAGCAUGGAGAACGCCUGGGGCAUCCUGCGCUGCGUCAUCGACACCUGCAUGAAGCUGGAGGAGGGCAAGUACCUCAUCCUGAAGGACCCCAACAAGCAAGUGAUCCGGGCCUACAGCCUGCCUGACGGGACGUUCAGCUCGGACGAGGACGAAGACGAGGAGGAGGAAGAGGAGGACGAGGAGGAUGACGAUGAGGAAAGCUGAAGGAGGUUUGGGAAGCAGGGAGCAGCGGAUCCAGCGCUCUGAUGCCAGGAAGAAACCACACUGUCAGGGGAUGAAAACAAUCACACAAACAAAGCAUCUAGAUCCUAAAAUAAAAUCAAUUGGAUUAUAUGAAA